AAAGAAAAAAAAGAAAAAGAAAGCGGACGUUGAAGUUGGCACUGAACACGGUUGGCAUCCAAGUGAUUUGAUAUCGGACAAAGCUGCCGUUUCAGUGGUGACCUCACCCUCUCUUCCCUGGACCUCUUUCCUUCUUAUCAUUUUCAAUUUCUUCGCAACCUCCACCAUUCUGGCGGGUAAUUCUCAAAACCCUUUCUUUCUUUCAAAUCUCCCCGGUCGGAAAUUUACAACUGUUCGCCGGAGGAACGAGACUCUGUUAGCAAGUUCGAUUGUUUCGGUGAAAAAGAAGAACCCCCCCCCCCCCCCCCCUUCACUUUUCGCUUUUCUAUUCCCUUUUUCAUUCCCCCGUUUGGGUUCGUAAACAAGGAUGAAACCUUUCUCCAUUUGCGAUUCACUGAAGAUCCCAUCGAUCUUCAAGAUCUCUGCCUUCGUUCUAAUCUCCCUCACCUUCUUUUACCUGGGUAAGCAUUGGUCUGAUGGGUACCCACGGCUCAUCUUCUUCACUGAAACUCGAUAUGCUCCUCCUUCAGUGUCAAUCUCGCCUAAUCACGACAACCUCUUUGAUGUUCCUUCUCUGAUCGAACAGAAUCUAACCCGUGAAGCUCCGGAAAAGCCCCUUUCUUCCGCCUCUGCCCCGCCCCCUUCUCCAAUUCUUCCUUCAUUUCCUCCUCCACCGCCUCCUCCUCCUUCUGAUUCAGUGCAGAGAUUCGGGAUCGUGAACGAGAAUGGAACGAUGGUCGACGAGUUUGAGGUGGGGGAUUUGGAUCCUGAGUUAACGGAGAAUUGGGGGAAUGAGAUUGAGAGUGGGACGGAUGAGAGUGGCUCUGCCAAGAUUAGGAUCAAGAAGUUUGCUCUUUGCUCACAGAGCAUGAGGGAGUACAUACCUUGCUUGGAUAAUGCGGAUGCCAUUAAGCAGCUGAAGUCAACGGAAAAAGGGGAGAAGUUCGAGCGGCAUUGCCCUGAUUCUGGUAGGGGAUUGAACUGCUUAGUUCCGGCACCGAAAGGAUAUAAAAUGCCAAUUCCCUGGCCAAGGAGCCGUGAUGAGGUAUGGUUCAACAAUGUUCCUCAUACCCGUUUGGUUGAUGACAAAGGGGGUCAAAACUGGAUUUCCCGGGACAAAGAUAAAUUUAAAUUUCCUGGUGGUGGUACACAAUUCAUUCAUGGUGCAAAUGAAUACUUGGAUCAUAUCUCUAAGAUUGUUCCUGAUGUUGCUUUUGGUAGUCAUACACGAGUAGUUUUGGAUAUUGGGUGCGGUGUUGCAAGUUUUGGUGCCUACCUGCUGUCACGGAAUGUGGUAACAAUGUCCAUUGCUCCUAAAGAUGUUCAUGAGAAUCAGAUUCAAUUUGCUCUUGAACGUGGUGUUCCUGCAAUGGUUGCAGCAUUUUCUACUCGUCGUUUACUGUAUCCAAGUCAAGCCUUUGACUUGAUACAUUGUUCAAGAUGUAGAAUUAAUUGGACUCGUGAUGAUGGAGUUCUAUUGCUGGAGGUUGACAGAAUGCUAAGGGCUGGAGGAUACUUUGCUUGGGCAGCACAACCUGUUUACAAGCAUGAAGAAGCCUUGGAACAGCAGUGGGAAGAGAUGAUUAACCUUACCACUCGACUCUGCUGGAAGUUUGUGAAAAAGGAUGGAUAUAUAGCAAUAUGGCAAAAGCCAAUGAAUAAUAGCUGCUAUCUUAGCCGUGAUUCGGAAGUUAAGCCUCCACUUUGUGAUGUAGACGAUGAUCCAGAUAAAGUUUGGUAUGUCGAGCUGAAGCCUUGCAUUACUCGGCUGCCAGAAAAUGGUUUUGGCAGAAACGUGGCAAAAUGGCCUGCACGUUUGCAUACUCCUCCAGAUAGGCUUCAGAGCAUUCAAUAUGAUGCCUAUAUUUCUAGAAAUGAGCUCUUCACGGCAGAAUCUAAAUAUUGGAAUGAAAUUAUAGGAAGCUAUGUGCGUGCAUUACAUUGGAAGAAGAUAAGACUAAGGAAUGUAAUGGAUAUGAGAGCUGGAUUUGGAGGGUUUGCUGCAGCAUUAAUCGACCAAAAAUUGGAUUCGUGGGUGAUGAACGUCGUCCCCAUGAGUGGACCAAACACCUUACCCGUCAUAUACGACCGUGGACUUCUUGGAGUUCUUCAUGAUUGGUGUGAACCUUUCGAUACAUACCCAAGAACAUAUGAUCUAUUGCAUGCAGCUGGUCUUUUUUCAGUCGAGAUGAGAAGAUGCAGUAUGUCAACAAUCAUGCUCGAAAUGGAUCGGAUCUUAAGGCCUGGGGGCCGAGUAUACAUCCGUGAUACUGUUGCUGUCAUGGAUGAGCUUCAAGCCAUUGGAAAGGCGAUGGGUUGGCGUGUUAGCCUGCGUGAUACCUCCGAAGGACCCCAUGCAAGCUACAGGAUACUGAUCGGCGAAAAACGCCUCUUGCGCACAUGAAGAUUGGAGGAAGUGGUGAUUUGAGUACAGUUUCCUUUAGGUGAUCCUUGAAAAUGAGUACAGGUGAAGUAAACACAGGCUAAUGUCCUACCUCCAGAGGCCAUGAAAACAUCAAAUUAAUGUAUGCUUAGGCUACAUAACCAUUGGCCUUCAGUUGCCCAAUGUUUAUUGGUAAGUUUGGUGCGUUGGUGGGUUGUUUUUGUAGUUAAAAAGAAGAGGCAUAGCAUUACAGCAACUUGACUGAAUUGGAGAACUAGAUAUUGUAAACAAUUGAAAUUGAUCAUAUUCAUCAAUCGUCAGACAUGUUCAAUCCAUUUUCAAA